AUGGCAGCAGACUACCAGUACAUCCUCCACUCACAGCCAGCACCCGGUGUUGCUCUCAUCACCCUCAAUCGACCCAAACAGCUCAAUGCCCUCUUCUCACCGCUCUUCAAGGAAUUGAAUGCCUGUCUCGCCAAAACCCAAGACGAUGCGGCAGUUGGCGCGAUUGUCAUUACAGGCUCGGAGAAGUCCUUUGCAGCAGGCGCAGAUAUCAAGGAGAUGUCGAUCAAGACCUACCAAGAAGUCGCGAGUCAGGACUUCCUUGCCAGUUGGGGACAUCUCACCUCGAUCCGCAAACCAAUAUUAGCGGCAGUCAAUGGUUUUGCACUGGGCGGUGGAUGCGAAUUGGCCAUGAUGUGUGAUAUUGUUUAUGCGGGCGACAAGGCAACUUUCGGACAGCCUGAAAUCAAGCUAGGUGUGAUUCCUGGCGCUGGUGGUACGCAACGCCUCCUUCGAGCAGCUGGCAAAUCCAACGCCAUGGAAAUUAUUCUGACGGGUCGCAACUUUUCAGCGCAAGAAGCGUUGAGCUGGGGUCUCGUGAGCAAGAUAUUCAAGCCAGAGGAGCUGGUGGAUGAGACUGUCAAGACGGCUGCCAAAAUUGCUGGCUUUGGACGUCUGAGCGUGCAGCAGGGUAAAGAAGCUAUCAAUGCCGCUGCCGAAUUAUCCCUCAAGGAAGGCCUCAUCUAUGAGCGUCGCUUGUUCCAUGGGCUAUUUGCAACCGAGGACCAAAAGGAAGGUAUGAAUGCCUUUUUGGAGAAGCGCAAGCCAACCUUCAAGCUUUAA